AUGAGAUUGUUGGCACAUUUAAAUGGAAAAAAGAAGGAGAAGCACCAAAAAGCUCAUGACACGUUAAAGAUUCGCUUAAUCCGACUUACUCAGAUAACAAAUAACCUUUUAUUGUUUUCAAAUAAAAAAAUAGCCAAAGAACAUAAGACUGAUGAUAACAAACUUCCUAAAACGAGCAUCCUGAGGUACCUAGGAAUUCUUCUCUACAUGGGAGCUCACCAUGAUGUCAUAAAUCCCGUGGAAGAGCUUUGGUCAAUCGACCACGGAAAAUCUAUUUAUAGAAAUAGCAUGCCACGUGACAUGUUUAAAUUCAUUUCUUCACACAUUGAAACUUACGAUGUGGGCCAGCCAGAUGAUGUUUGUGAUGAUGCAUCAGACACUUCAGAUGAUGGGGAUGUCGAAGAGAAAGAGGAAGCUGAAAACGGGCCAGAAGGAGAGUAUUUCAACUGUGCGAAAUAUUCAGAUCGAGAUUUCAGAGAUCUCUCUGAAGAGCAACUCAGGAAAGAUGUCAGAAUCAAAAAGGGCAUCGUUGGUAGUGGAGUUGUUAAAGUCGUCCCUGCAAUAACUCCAAAUGCACACGACAGCUUUUCUAAAAUUAGAGUGAUGUUAGAUAAGUUUAUUUCUAACCUUGUCAACCAAACCUAUUACAAACUUAGUAAUAGUGUUUCGGUUGACGAACAUUUGUGUUCUUAUAAAGGGCAUAUGUGGGCUAAGGUGUUUAUUAAGUCCAAGCCUGGACGUUAUGGUAUAAAGUUUUGGGUUUGUUCUAUUUUUACUAAAUGA